AUGGCACUCGCACCCAGAUUCGCCGGACAAAAGUUCGCAGCAACCAAAUCCCCAACGCUUCAUACAUUAGAAAUCUACCUCGACUAUGUCUGCCCCUUCUCAGCCAAGAUGUUCAACACGGUCUAUACCUCCAUCUUCCCCCUGAUCAGCAAGAAUUACGCCUCCAAAGUGCAGAUCCUGUUCAGGCAGCAGAUCCAGCCCUGGCACCCUUCCUCGACUCUGGUUCACGAAGCCGGGGUCACGGUGCUCAAGGUCCAACCGGACAAGUUCUUUGAGUUCAGCAAGGCACGUGUCCCCUUACUCAUCCCAAUACAGGCACUUUUUGACGACGCAGAGUCGUUCUACGAUGUCAACAUCGUCAACGAGCCCCGCAACAAGACGUAUGAGCGGCUUGCCAAGAUUGGGGCCAGUGUUGGUGUCGAUGAGAAGGAGAUGUACAAGCUGCUUCACAUCUCGGAUAAGCCGGGUGAGGAUGGCAGCCUGAAUUCGGGCAACGGGGUCACGAAUGACCUGAAGGUGCUGGUCAAGAUGAAUAGGCUCGUGGGCAUUCAUGUCACGCCGACGGUCGUGUUUGACGGGGUUGUUGAGAAUGGGAUUUCCUCGAGCUUUACGGUGGAGCAGUGGGAGCAGUGGUUGGAGAAGAAUGUUGCGUGA